AGGGUGCUGUCGGCGGGCCGGUAGGCCGGAGGAAGCGGGGGAGAGGGGCCGCGGCCUGCUCACUAAACGGCAGGAAAUGAAUCACAAAACUAAAAAGCGAAUCAAAGAGGCGAAGCGCAGCGCCCGGCCCGAGCUGAGGGACUCGUUUGACUGGACGAAGCACAACUACCAUCAAACUUUCUCGCUGGCCUUGAGCACGGUCACGGAUAAUGUGGAAAGGAUAGAUGCUCUGGAAACGACUGUGGCAAACUUUAUUGAGAAGUAUGAGAAACCAUAUAAGCCUGUGGUGCUGGUAAAUGCUGAGCAUGGAUGGGCAGCGCAGGAAAAGUGGACACUUGAGCGAUUAAAGCGCAAGUACAGAAAUCAGAAGUUCAAGUGCGGAGAAGACAACGAUGGUUAUUCUGUUAAAAUGAAGAUGAAGUAUUAUGCUGACUAUAUGGAAACAACAAAAGAUGAUAGUCCUCUGUACAUUUUUGACAGUAGCUAUGGGGAGCAUCCAAAAAGGCAGAAACUCCUGGAAGAUUAUGAAGUGCCAAACUAUUUCAAGGAUGAUUUAUUCCAGUUUGCAGGGGAAAAGCGAAGACCUCCAUACAGAUGGUUUGUCAUGGGCCCUCCUAGAUCUGGAACUGGUGUCCAUAUUGAUCCUCUAGGAACAAGUGCAUGGAAUGCUCUGGUUCAAGGUCAUAAACGUUGGUGUUUGUUCCCUACAAAUACACCUCGUGAACUUAUCAAACUAACAAGAGAAGAAGGUGGGAACCAGCAGGAUGAGGCCAUCACGUGGUUUGUCAUUGUAUAUCCUCGCACGCAACAUCCAACCUGGCCCCAAGAGUUUAAACCUUUAGAAAUUCUUCAGAAACCUGGGGAGACUGUCUUUGUGCCAGGUGGAUGGUGGCAUGUAGUACUGAAUAUGGAUCACACUAUUGCUAUCACUCAAAAUUUUGCCAGUGCAACCAACUUUCCCGUGGUGUGGCAUAAAACAGUCAGAGGACGUCCUAAACUGUCCAGAAAGUGGUACAGGAUCUUGAAGCAAGAACGGCCAGAACUUGCUGUAGCAGCAGACUUGGUUGACCUACAGGAGUCCACGGGUAUUGCCUCGGACAGCUCAAGCGAUUCUUCUAGUUCGUCCAGCUCUAGUUCCUCAGACUCUGACUCAGAGCAGAGAAAGGGAGAGAAAAGAACAGAAAAUAUGGACAAAGACAUGGAGAGAUUUCUGGGAAGGAUAGGACUAAACACAGAGGAAAAUAUAAAUAAAGUGGAGUUACAUUGGCUACCCUCCAGUCCAGAGGAACUGAUCCAGAGUCGAGAGAACAUUGGAAAAUUAUCACCAAUGCAUCCACGAUUUCUAGGGCCACCUCUUUGAGUACUCUGGGAUGCUGACCAUCAGGCCCUGGAGAUUUAUCUGUCUUCAGUCCCAACAGUGUGCCUAACACCAUUUCCUGAUUAAUAACUAAUUUUAGGAAUGAUCUCUGCAAUGAGCUAUUAAGCAGGAGCUAUGAACUACAGCAGGCUUCUGUGCAGGAGUUUUUUGAUUCAUCUUUGGACUUAUUUGGGUAGAAUUAGCUGUUGAAUUGAGGGAGUAGAAGUCAAUGAGAGUGAGUGAUCAUUAUAUGUGGUGCAUUUGAUUCAGGCUGAUGUGGUUCAUCCAGUUUACCAGGUUGGCUCUUUAAGCCAUAGAGAUGUGAUUAAACCAGAUUACAUGAGUGCAGUGUAUCCAUUUUCCUCUAAUGCAAGCAUAUAUUUCAAAUGACCACAUUCUAUUUCAUCUAACAAACUUUUGAUUAUAUUGUGGGUAUUUUAUAUAGCAGGUAUCUCGAUGGUCAUUGAUUACGUAUUACCUGUCAUGUUAUUCAAAUGAUUUUUAUAUUUAUGUGAUCGGACCUUAUUUGUUUCAUAUACACAUGCGUAAAGCCAUUUUGAAACUUAAUUACUAUCAUUAUUAAUCUUAUUUUCAUGUAUCCUAUCUACUUCUAAUGUUGCAUGGCAUUUUGUCAUUAAAAAAAAAUCAAAAACAAUAUUUUUGAAAAUUUGGCUACCUCUUUCUCAUUGAUCUCAAUGGUAAAAUAUACAACUAGAUACACCAAGAAAAUAUGUUGGAUGUAUUUUCUUUUUAAUUCCCUGUUUUGAAUCGCAUAUAUUUCAAAGUUCCAUUGCUACUGUGUACUAUCUGUUUAAUUUUAAAAAAUCAGUUUGUUUGUUGUGUCUGUGUGGGUUUUCUCCGAUUUCCUCCCACACUCCACAGAUGUAUAGGUUUGUAGGUUAAUUGGCUUAGGUUAAAACAUUGUAAAUUGUCCCAAGUGUGUAAGAUGGUGCUAGUGUACGGGGUGAUUGCUGGAUGGCAUGGACUCGGUGGGCCGAAGAGCAUGUUUAUACAAGUAUCUCUAAAAGUAAAGUCUAAAAUAUUCAUUAGUAUUUCUUCCAACAUUUCUUGUUAGAUAUUUGCUCAUGUUUCAUUCUGAACUAGUUUUGAAAUUAGUUGUUAUCUGUUGUAUGUUUAAUUUGCACCAUUUGAGUUUGCCCUUAAUCUUUAUAAAAUGCUGCAAAUGUUUCCUCUUUGGUUCAUUUACUGAAUUUAAAUUGGUUUCCUGUUUUUUCUUAAGUAAAGUUUCUAUCCUCUUAUGACUGCAUUUCAGAUUUCAGAAUAGUCCAUGACUGAUGUAACAUGAUAGCAAGGCUUUGUUUAACCUAAAAUACCCAUCUGUUAAGUAUAACAAUAUAUAUAGCUAUGCCAUGUACAUUCACAUUUUCUAUCUCUGAUGCAGCUGCAUCAAUAUUUGAAUAAAGGAGCUCACUGUGUGACAUUGGUGUGUCCCACGGCAUAUUCUAUUCAUUCAUUUCCUGCUCCUUACAGCUCUUGUCCUUGCAUGGCUUUUUUUUCAUGUAAUUCUUCAAUGUUGGCAGUCCACUGAAUAUUGUGUAUUUUGCUUGUUUUAUAAUUAACGUCAUUAGUUCCUAUAAGACAGAAAGUGUGCAUAUAUGGAUCAAUACAGAUGACAUUUUGUAGGAAUUUAGUUCUU